AUGAGUUCAGAAAUGGAAGAGGAAUUAAAGAAAAUGCAUCAUAAAUAUAAAUCUCUUGAAGAGAAAAACUCGAUGUUAAUAGGUAAACUGGCAGCAUUUAACAAGAGUAUCGAAAGCAGAGUCAAUGAUGUAAGAAUCGAAUCGAACUCCCCUGCAUCGGAAGCCGACAUCCCCACUUCAAACAAAUUCCUGUCCCUCUCAGAUGAAUCCAUCAUUGGAGAACCUACACACAAAUCCCCCUCAAAACAGCAAUCCGUUCCAUUGGACCAAAACAACGCAAGGAAUGAAGCUGAUACAAUAUUAAAUUUGUGA